AUGGCCAGCAGCUCAGAGUCCCCCGCCCCCGCCACGGCCGGCGAAGGUUCCGAGGAUAAUUCGAAGAAGCGCAUCUACAACUCUGCUCAGGAAACAGAGGCCAAGCUGAAGGCCAUCGAGGCAUCUUUGCAGCAGAUCUCCCAACUGCGUGUUACUGAGAACGCAAAAACCAAUAGUCAUGAAGAUGGGUCAAAUUCAUCGGCACCGGAGAUUCACAGAUUUCCUGAUAUUUCACUUCCAUUGCUGCCAUUGAAAGAUCUGUUCUCGGGAAACGAACUGCUAGCCAAGCUCCGCAGUACAAAAAACCAGAUGGAGGCGCGUAUGGACCCCGGCGGCUUUCCGAGGAAGGUGUUCGCGUACUUUCCACCUCGCGAAUACAUGGUCGAUCUCGAGCACAGCGUCAUCGAAGAAGUUCAACUAUUCUGUCCUACUCUUACCCGGAGGUCUUUCAUACAGCUCGUCGAUGGGCAGUACACCGACGAGGGCGCCGCCUUCGUCGACGAUCCUGCUCAAUGGGCAAUUAUGAAUGCCCUUUUUGGCUCCGCCUUGCAGUUCCGCAUGGCCAACGACUCUUUUGAUCACAUGGCUCGGAUGGGUUGGGGCUAUUUCAAGAACGCUUUUGCCGCCUUCGGUGAGCUCGUCCUGUCCAGGACAGACCUCGCUACGUGCGAGGCGAUGUUGAGCCUGGCGACGUUUCUUAUUGGCACGGCCGACGCCAGGAUCAUCUCUCACAUUGUAUCUUCUGCAGCCCGGGUCGCACACAUCAUCGGGCUUCAUAGGAAGGAGUCCUACGCCAAUCUGGACGAUGAUCUGGCGAACCGCUACCGCCGCGUGUGCUGGGUGACGCACAUCGUUAAUACUGACCUGAUGAUCAAGUACGGGCUACCUACGCCAUUUGAUCAAUCGAAGAUCACAACAGAGCUCCCAGAUGAGGACUUUUCCGACCCCCACAGCCUAUCGGGGCAAUCUCAGGGGCAAGAGUCGCUGAACUACGUCAGGAAACUGGCAGAGAUUUCUCGUAUUCGAUCCAAGAUCCACGAGAAUCUGACAGACACUCCCGGGCAGUCUGGUUUAGAACAUCAAACAGCCGUUUUCGCGUUAAACACCGAGCUGGAAGACUGGAGGCUCACGCUUCCCAAAGAUUCAAGACCCGACUUAGAGGCCGCCACUACCGACAGGGAAUUAGACACGUGUGUGGUGCAUCUCCAUUUCAUCUACUUCAAUGCCGUGAUCAAGACGCACACCACAUUAGCUCGGUUGAACAAUGUUUCGAGUCACGCCGUAGCGCUCUUUCGACAUCCGAGCUGGGGAUCGAGCCAAGAGUCGUGUCCUAUUGUCAAGCAGGCCUACGCAAAAGUUGUAGCGGCUGCCCGCGCCACGAUUGACAUCCUGAGGGUGAUGCCAUCCCAGUCUUUUGUGCAGUUAUGGGGCAUGCUGCAUUAUCCCUUGACGGCCUGUUUGAUACUCCUAUGGGCUUCUCUGGAAGACCCGACAGGUCCAGAGGCUCAUCUAAACGUGAGAAUCAUCGGCCAAUUCGUGCAGUUCUUGGCAGGGCUUGGCGAGGAAGGCUGCGACAUACGGAACAUGCUGGAUGGCUGCUCCAAGUUCUUCAAAGUGGUCAAGUACGCCGUCCACACGCAGCGAGCAAUCCGACUCACAAGACCAUUGGAGGAAGAUGAGAGUGUGAGGGAACAACUCGAGGCUUUCCGGCAGAGACUUUCUGGUGUCGCCGACUGGACACACUUGGCUCAAGGACUCAUGAGUAACAUGCCGGUGUUAUGCGCCCAGGCACGAGAGGUAUUCACAGACAUACUCGAUGCAGAAGAUUCAGAGCCCAAGGGAGGGUACGGGCCGUUUGCUGCUGAAGUGCUGAAGCCGCAUAAUCACAACUUCACCUUCUGCACGUAG